AUGACGAUCUCAACGAGGAUCAAAACGAAGAAACCAGUAGUUGAUGAGAUCAUCUCUGAACAAUUCCUUGCCGCUGAACUUGACGAGGUCGAGAAACUUCAAGAGGAAAGCAAAAAGAUAUGGUUACAACUUCUGGUGAGAACCUCAUUUCUGCAAGCACAUUCCUUCACAACGUACAACUACAAAACAAAAGUGGUUUAUCGAAAUGUGGCUCUGUUUGCUGCAUUGCACGUCGGUAGCCUGAUCGGCCUCUAUCAGGUGAUUUUCGAAGCGAAAUGGCAGACGGUGAACGACAUUAUCGAAUGGGCUCGUGACCAUCGUUGUCAUCACAAGUGGACAGACACUGACGCCGAUCCACAUAACACCACUCGAGGAUUCUUUUUCGCCCAUAUGGGAUGGCUUCUAAUGAGAAAACACCCACGGAUUAAGGACUACGGGAAGAAACUAGAUUUGUCCGAUCUCUUUGCUGAUCCCGUUUGUACAUUCCAGAGAAAGUACUACAAGCCAUUAGUUCUCAUUUGCUGUUUCUUACUACCGACAGCGAUUCCGGUGAAAUUCUGGGAUGAAUCGGUAUUCGUUGCGUUCUACACUGCUGGACUACUACGCUAUUGCCUUCUAUUGCAUGCUACCUGGUUGAUUAACAGUGCUGCUCAUAGGUUUGGGUUCAAGCCAUAUGACAAGGCUAUUACAUCCGUGGAAUCUGUUUGGACCACAGUAUCCGCUAUUGGCGAAGGGGGUCAUAAUUUCCAUCAUACCUUCCCACAGGAUUACCGUACAUCGGAAUACUCGCUGAACUUGAACUGGACUCGACUAUUUAUUGACACUUGUGCAGCACUGGGUCUCGUAUACGAUCGUAAAUCGUUCUCAGAUGCCGUCAUUCAGCGCCAAUGCGAAAAGCAUGGAGAUCCUGCCCUACGUGGCAAGGCAUUUUUGUGA